GAUUGGUGGGAUAGGACCAGUCUAGUUCGGCUUGUGAUCCGCAUCGGAGGUUGUUGUUGUUAUUGUUGUUUUUUUUUAAAUUUAUUUAUUAUUAAUACGUCUACACAUAUAUCGGUAUCCUGUUCCUCGCCGGGGAUAUAUAAUAAUAAUAACAAUAAUAAUAAUAAUACACAACUAUAAAUAUGGCAGAAAGUAAGGGUGCGUUGAUCGCAAAAACAGUGCAAAAACACGCUGGGAGAGCCAAGGAAAAGUUUCUUCAAAAUUUGGGAAAGGUAGACCGGACAGCUGACGACAUCUUUGAUGAACAUUUACAAAACUUCACAAGACAGCAGAAUGCGGCCAACAGGCUUCAAAAAGAGUUCAACAAUUACAUUAGGUGUAUCAGAGCGGUACAGGCAGCUUCAAAAACCCUCAUGGAUUCCUUGAACGAAAUCUAUGAGAGCCAGUGGACCGGACACGACCUUCUGUACGUUCAGGCACAGAACAUGGACAUGCUGUGGCAGGAUUUCACUCAUAAAUUGGCCGAUCAAGUCCUUGUCCCCCUCAACACAUACCAAAGCCAGUUUCCUGAGAUGAGGAAAAAAAUAGACAAGAGAGGACGUAAGCUUGUCGACUACGACGGACAGAGACAUAGCUUCCAGUCGUUACAAGGCAAUCCGAAGAAACGAGACGAGCUGAAAGUUUCGCGAGGCAAAGAACAAUUGGACGAAGCUAAACGAACCUACGAACAGCUGAAUUCAGAACUGCAUGACGAAUUGCCUGCGCUAUACGACUCCCGUGUUCUCUUCUUGGUUACUAAUCUGCAGACUCUUUUCGCCGCUGAACAAGUAUUUCAUGCUGAAACAGCCAAGGUCUAUUCUGAGCUUGAAGCAAUAGUAGACAAACUAGCCAACGAAAGUCAGCGAGGAUCUUAUACAUUGAAGAAAAACUCUGAGUCGCAAUCGCCAAAAUCGCCAAACGCUAAUUCGUCAUUGAUAAUCAACACGCAACCAGCUCAGAAUAAUAUAUCAGCAGUAUUGGGCGAGACAACUGUCGCUGCUGAAGAUACUUCACCUACCACUCAAAUAAACGGCAAUGCUAACAGCAACGCUAACAGCAAUGCUAACUCCUUAAAUAACAAAGAUGGCUCUCCUGAAAGCCCGCCAACCAAGCCUGUCCAACCAGUUGAGGAGUUAUAUGAUAUCCCAAUUGACGUGGAAUAUCAAAAUGGUACCAAUUUAUCUAUAGGGGCGACAACAGACAACUUGCCACCAGGUGUUUUGUACAGGGUGAAAGCAACUUACAAGUACACGCGUGAAGAUGUGGACGAAUUGUCGUUCGACGUUGGGGAGAUCAUUCGUGUUAUCGAGUACGAAGACCCCGAGGAACAGGAGGAAGGGUGGUUAAUGGGUGUGAAGGAAGGAUCUACUGAGAAGGGCAUGUUCCCGGCAAACUUCACGAAACCGCUGUGAGGGCUGUAGAUCUACCCAUUUUACCACUGCAACGCUCAUGAAAAUAGCCUAUUCUAUUGUAAACUAGUUGGAGAAGAAGAGGAAAAAGAAAAAGUAGAAGAAUAGAAGAAGUAAAAGAAGAAAAUGAAGAUGAAGAAAAAUAAAAAAAAGUGAAAAUCGAACUGUCAACUAAGGUGUAAUUUCAAAUUUUUGUGAAAAAAAUUAAGUAGAGGUGAUAGAGAGAGAAGAUAACGAUGUGGUAAUGCUGGUGGGCUCUGCGGAAUAUCAAUCGACCCAAAGUGCCUUAACCCAGCUAUUGUCUGUGCCAACCAACAUUCACUGCUCGUAGUAAUAUUUUUUUUCUGUUUCUUUUUGUUUGUUUUUUUUUUUAAUUCGACCAUUGAACGCUAUCACUAAUAAUAAUCAAAUGAGAUAUUUAAUUAAUUAAAUAAUAAUAAUGAUAAUAAUAAUGAUGAUAAUACAAUACAAUACAACUACACGCAAUAUUAUAAUAUGAAGAAAAAAUUUAUCUUUAUUAAAUUAAUUAUUAUUAUUUUAUUAAAUUGUAUAUAGAAUUUAUAAAUCUUAAGGCUAUUGUACGAACCAACUUUAUUGUGGAUCUUGGAGAGAAAUCGUCGGUAAAACAAUUUUGUAAUGGCCACAUUUUUGAAGUUAUGUUGAAUCUUCUUUUGAAUCUCAAUUCUGUCAAUGGUGCAGGAUAUUGCCAAAUUUUACGGUCCAAUCAUUCUUCCUGAAAUCAAAGAUAACGAUUACACAUAUACAUCUGUUAUAUUUUUACCAAUUUGAUACGUAUGUACAUACAAAUAGAUCCCAGCGCGGAGACGUCGAUUUUAUCGAUGCAUUAACUCAUGAAGUAUUCACGUCGGACUGCGAAAAGCAAUUCUUCCAUUACCAUCUUACUUAUUUACUGUUUCUUAUAACGCAUUUUCAUUUUUAUGUUUUUACGUUUGAUCAUUUUAUCCAUAUGUAUUAUAUGCAUCUAAAUCGAAGAGAGAUUUUGAUCAGACAUAAGGAGGCAUUUUUGUACUCCCAAUGGGAUCUAUUUAGUAUCCGUAUACUUAUACUUCAUUAGCAUUUUACUAUGAAUUACAUACCCAAUGUACGUAUAUGUAUAUGUAUAUACACAUAUUUAUGUAGACAUAUACGUACAAACAGACAAACACACACACACACACUUUUAUCAUAAAAAUAUAUCUCUUUAUACAAUUUAGCAGAAAUAAUUGAAGGUUUGUUGCAAUGAAAUGGAGGGGAAAGAAAAAUUAUUUCUGCCGAUAUAGAUUUAUUCACGUAGCCAAUAGAACAAAAUAUGAUAAUAAUGAUAAUGGUCCAACUUUUAAAACUUUCUUCUUCUAACGUCGAUGAAUACUCAUCAUUAAUAUUGUCGAUCUACCGAAUCAUCAAUAAAAUCUGUGUAAUAAAUCAUAAUGAUAAUAGUAAUAUAUAUAUAUACAAUAUUAUAUAAACAUGAGAAUAAUCUUAGGAUACUGCUUAUAUCAACUUCGGCGUAGCUGCGUGUCGUUUUAUUUUAUUAAGUUGAUCUGAAGAAACUGAAUAUAUACAUAUAAGGAAGUUGGAUUGUUCUUUUAUAAAUUAAAACAAAAAUAAAAUAAAACUGUUUAUAGUUAUAGGAUUGAUCCACUGUGACGCUGCAACAAUCAAUUU